AUGAAGGUGUUACAAGCGUGGAAGAAGAACAACAGCCCCGAGCUGACUAUUGAGUCAGAGAGGGCAUCCUCAGAUAAAAGUGCUGUCAGCUUGUCAGGCUUCAUGAAUGAGCAGCUGGACUUUAAUAAUGACAGUGAUAUUAUCAGGGCACGAAAUUACAUACUGCCUUAUAUCUCAGAGGGAAAUCUAGGAGAUGUGGAAUCAACAUUAUUACCAUUCCUUCAGCUUCUUUUUUCAAGUACACAAGCUGGAGCUAUGCCGCUGGGCCUUUUGAAAAACAAUACAAGCAGCCCUUCUGUUAAACGUGUACGCAACAAUUCAACUAAUAAAAAUAGAUUGAGGAAACUCCAUUUUCUGGAAAAUUUGUUAGAUGCAGAAACUCAAGAAAAAAUGGAUGAGGUGAAAAAGGAAGAAAAACCUGCCACGCGUACGCGUUCCAACCUUUUAAGUGCCAUGUAUAAACGCUACAUCUUUCAAAAGAAGUUGGAAACUGCCCAACCACAGAAAGACAGCCUAGCGAAGACUAAGAGUACAGAGGAAAAGCUGCUGAGAGUGAACAGGGUCCUCAAGGGCCCGAGGGGCCUACAGAAAAUGCACCUCAAAGCAGUGGGAGAUGAGAGCGUCUGGGGGAAACAGAAUGCCCAGCCAUCUGUGGCGAGCACUGCCGAAGAAAGAAGGCUCAGGAGGCCAUCCCCAAGAAAGCUGAAUCAGCUACUCAUGGUGCAGAGGCCCAGGAAGCUGGUGGGAAAGUCCUCCAAUGCAGAGUCUUCAUUCAUAAAGGAAGACAAGGCAGCAGGUUCCUCUACCCUGAAACAGUACUUCAAAGGCAGGCCUCCUGCCUCCAUCCCUCCAAAAUCCCCACCUGAGGUUAAAAGCAAAUCAAAAGACUUAUCCAACACUCUACUUGUUUUAGAAGAUGCAAAGGCUAGAGUUAGAAAUAUUAAGGAUUUUGAACUAAUCUCACAUUCUGGGAAAAAAUACAUCUUCCAUAAAAUUAGGACUCAUCGGGUCCACAGAAAACCCAAAGUCAAAAGGAGUCGAAAGUUCAGAAAGAAAAGUUCACCCAAUAGAAUGAUGCUUGCAAGCCCUCCGUUCUCUGUAGGGAGGAGUCUCAUAAAUUCCCCUCCGCGAGAGGCUGUUUCAUCUUCAGGAGAAGUGACUGCUCAGGAAAUUCCUUUUCCAGAAUUAUUUUCUCUUUCAGACCCUUCGAUAGAAAACGCUACUUCAGAAAACAAUACUGCACAAAAUGUUUCUGAAGAAAUUAUUUCUACAGGAAACUCUAGUCUGCCAGGAGGAACCAGCCCUGGAAACACUACCCAUAGGAACGUCUCCACUGCACAUUCUACUGUUGCUGCAGACAACAGUAUGCCAACUGUUCAACACACCAACGAAACACAAUGGGAGUAG